AGGGUAGUUGUGGUCGGAGGAGAGAAAGAGAAGAGAAGGGAGAUUGAGUGUGUGUUGUUUGUCGUCAUGGCGUCGUCGAAGGUGGAUCUGGAACAACACUGUUCUCUUUCAGUUUCAGGUGACGAGAUUUGGGAAGACAUCGUUGGUGCCACUGAUCAACACAUCACGCUCGAGGAUUUCUUAACCAAGUCUGUCCCUGUCGACACAGAUGACGCCACCACCCACAACAAGAACGAAAUGUAUCUUCCUCAAUCGGCCAACGGGCAUGAAUCAGCCAAGAAAUUAGUCCCACAUGGAAGGGGAAAGAGGAGGGUUGUGGAGGAACAGCCACUUGAUAAGGCCACUCUUCAGAAACAGAGGAGGAUGAUCAAGAACAGAGAAUCUGCUGCUAGGUCCAGAGAACGCAAGCAGGCUUACACACUUGAGCUAGAGGCUCUGGUUACUCAUCUGGAGGAAGAGAAUGCACAAUUGUUGAGGGAAGAGGCUGAUAAGAACAGACUGAGGUUUAAGCAGCUGAUGGAGUGCCUCAUUCCAGUUGUGGAGAAGCGUAAACCAAGACAAAUGCUUAGGAGGGUGAAUUCAGUGCAAUGGUGAAUUGGUGAUGUUGAUCUGUUUGUCUAAUUUUUAUGUCCUGGUGUAGAUACCGAUCAAAUGGAGCUAGAUAGUAUUAGUUAUUACAGAAGAAAAAAAAAAUUGAGAAGAGGUUUAGAAGCUGAUUUUACAUACAUGUAGCUUUGCUGGUUAUUGUCUUGGAAUUGUAUAGGGGAAAUAGCAGCAGUCACAUAAUUCAACUAAUUUGAUUCGUGCUGAA